GAAACAGACUGUCCUUAUUAUUCAAUUCACAAGAGUUUUAAUCUUUAAAAUCUUUUGCUAAAGUGAUCUGAACUUGAUCUGAAGUUGAUCUGAAGAGCACAUGGUAGAAUUUGAAGGUAGUUUUGUUGAGCGUGGUAAUAUUAAUAAUGUAGCAGUUUUGUAUCAAGUAUCCCAUUAUUAUAACUGGGCAGGUGCUUAAAAGGUAUAAGAAGAAUGCAUUUCAAGCUUCAUUUUGUUUUAGAGUGAAAUUGCUGCAGUGAACACUUGGAUCCUAUUGUGCUGAUUGUGUGUUGUAGAAAAUGAUGAAUCAAAGACUGAUUGCUAAAUGUCUCUUCCUGUUUCCAGUGAUGAGAUUAUUAAUUCAUUCAUGUCUUACCCAACAUCCGGGUGGGAUCCGUCACUAGAGCAGAAAAUAUUCACUAGAGCACACCAGUGGAAACUUGAGAAAAAGCUGAAUCAGCAUAAGCACAGGAUUAACAAUAUAGUGUGAUUUUAUUUAUUUAUUUAUUUAUUUUUUUAAAUACAACAUUAUUUUAUAUCCACACUUGUGGAGUUUUGAAUCAUGGACUCAUACAUACAAUCUCAUUUUGUGUAUUAAUUGUUAUUUAUAGUUUAUAAAUGAGUAUUUUAGAUUUCUCCUUAAGUAAUCAUUAACAAAAAAGACAGCCCUUUUUACUACGUCUUCCUCAUCCUAUUUAAGUGUCUGUGAGUGUAAAUCGCAAACUAGAAACCCUAGGAAUCAAAAGGGCGAAGUCAAAGUAUAGGGUAAAGUAGAAUUUUUAAGUUCGAUCUGAACUAGGUUUGUGCUGUAAGUAUGGUCAGUGGGAAGAAUAGCUCAGGGUACUGUGUGGAGAGGGAGAUUCUGGAUGAAGAGAGGCUGGAGGAGAUGGCUAGGAGACUGGACCCCUCACACACCCACAUUCCUUUCUCUCAUCGCCUGAAAAACUCACUCAGGUGUUCUAUCCCCAGACUGAAGCGUAGAGUGGCAGGCUGUUUACCCGUGCUUUACUGGUUACCGCGUUAUUCCAUCUGGGACUAUGGCAUGCCAGACCUCAUCUCUGGCAUCAGUGUGGGCAUCAUGCACUUGCCACAAGGAAUGGCCUACGCAUUGCUGGCGUCACUGCCACCCGUGUUUGGACUGUACAGCUCUUUUUAUCCUGCACUCGUUUAUUUCUUCUUUGGGUCCUCCAGACACAUUUCUAUAGGCACGUUUACGAUUCUCAGUGUCAUGGUGGGCAGUGUUACGGAGCGAUUGGCCCCUGAUGCCAAUUUUCUCAUCCUCAAUGGCACUAAUGUGACGGAGGAGGUGAACGUCACUGCUAGAGAUCUUUAUAGAGUACAAGUUGCUGCAGCCACUACGCUAUUAGGAGGACUAAUUCAGGUGAUUCUGGGUUUGGCGCAGUUUGGGUUUGUGGGUACGUAUCUCUCGGAGCCAUUAGUGAGAGCGUACACCACAGCGGCUGCCGCUCACGCAGUAGUGGCUCAGUUGAAGUACAUAUUGGGAGUGUCUCCAACACGAUUCAGUGGGCCGUUCUCACUGGUGUAUACACUAGUAGACGUGUGUGUGCAGCUGCCCAAUACUCAUCUGCCCACUCUGCUGGUCAGCGUUGUGUCCAUCAUAGUCCUCUUCAUUGCCAAGGAGCUGAACAAUAGAUACCGAGAGAAACUGCCAGUGCCAAUACCAGUGGAACUCAUUAUUAUUGUUGCAGGUACACUGACAUCAUUCCACACUCAUCUAAAUGAGACAUAUGAAAUUUCAGUAGUUGGAGAUAUCCCAAGUGGGCUUCAGCCUCCCACGAUGCCAAACCCCAGUAUCUUUUCUGAAGUGAUAGUGGAUGCCAUUGCCCUGGCUAUUGUGGGAUAUGCCAUUUCCAUCUCUUUAGGCAAAACGUUUGCUCUUAAGCAUGGCUACAAAGUGUGCAGCAAUCAGGAGUUGGUGGCUUUAGGUCUCAGUAAUACAGUUGGAGGUUUUUUCCAGUGUUUCUCUGUCUGUGCUUCUAUGUCUCGGAGUCUAAUACAGGAGACCACUGGUGGCAGAACACAGAUGGCAGGUGUAGCUGCAGCUGUGAUAGUGCUGGUGACAACGUUGAAGUUAGGAACUCUGUUUCAGCAGUUGCCCAAGGCAGUGCUGGCUGCCAUUGUGUUUGUGAAUCUGAAAGGCAUGUUCCAGCAGUAUGCCGACAUUGUGACACUGUGGCAGAGAAGUAAGAUUGAUCUGUUGGUGUGGUUGGUGACAUGGGUGUCCACUGUUCUCUUUAAUAUGGAUAUGGGUUUGGCAGCCUCUAUUGGUUUUGCCCUGCUUACUGUUAUCUUCAGAACACAAAGGCCCCGGUACUCUGUUUUGGGCCACCUUCCUGGUACUGAGCUUUAUUUGGACAUGGAGACACACCAAAAGGUAAGGGAGGUACCAGGCAUCACCAUAUUCCGCUCUUCAGCCACCAUAUACUUUGCUAAUGCUGAACUCUAUCUGGAAGCCCUCAAACAAAAGAGUGGCUUGGACAUUACUAAGAUGAUCACGUAUAAGCGCAGACAGGAGGAGAAGCAGAGACGAAGAGAGAGGAGGGCAGAAAGAAGGGCAAAGAGAGCAGCCAAAAGACAGGUAGAGCAACAUAUCAAAUCUUCUGAUAAAGACCACGAAGCGUUAGUUAGUCUUCUAUCUCAAAUGUAUGAUCCCAUACUUCCAAGAUUUAAUUACUUAAAAAUAAAAUUCUGCACGUUUAUGGUUCAAGUAUGCACUUCACUCACACUUUAUUUAUGUAUCAGGUCUGACUAUUAUUAA